GUAGUAGUUAUAUUAGAUCUCAAGUAACCUGUUAUUCUCAUAUUGUGUUAAAAAUGGGCUCCAAGUUUUUUUUUCCUGUGGAAAUUCCCCUAUUACUAUGUGUUAUUAGUCAAAUUUUGUUGGGUCCAAUUUCAACAAAUCUUUUUAUGUACAGGACAUGUUACGUUAUACUGAAUUACAAUAAAACGGAAUGUGAAAUGUUGGGAAACGAAAGUAAUAAUAUUACAAAAAGACUAGAACCGUUAGUUCAACCGACAGUUAAUAAUAUUGAAACUGUUAUGGUGGUAUCUGAAUCAAUUUUUCCAAUUAUAUUUAGUAUUGUUGUUGGAAUAGUAUCUGAUAAAAUUGGACGGAAACCAUUUUUAGUUACAUGUCUUGCAGGGCUUACAAUAUCAAAUGGUCUAAAUGCAUUAGUUGCGUAUUUUGAAAAUAUCUCACCUUGGUAUUUUAUUGCUACCGCAAUGCCAUCGGUGGUGACUGGAGGGUUUGGUACAGUAUUUCUUAUAGUUGCCUUGUAUUUGGCAGAUACAACAAGUCCAAAGACAAGAGUUUUUAGAAUGGGACUUUAUAGUGUAUCUAUGGCCCUUGCCAAUAUAAUUGCAAGUCUCGCUUCUUCUUACCUAUUGUACGCCACCAGUUAUACGAUGGUAUAUCUAAUAUCAACGACAAUGUUAGUUAUAAGUGUUUUGUACGCAAUAUUUUUGCUACCUGAAUCUCUCCACACCGAAACUAGGAUACCAUCUUGCAAAGAAUUGGUUUCGACGUUAAAUAUCACAGAGAUCUUAAAAGUCCCGUUUAAGAAGAGGGAAGGGAGACACUAUAUUCUUAUAUUUACGGCUAUUCUCACGGCUUGUGCCUUUGCUGUAAGGGGAGAGUUUCUGCUUAAAACGCUUUAUGUAAGACAAAAAGUUUCCUGGACGUUACCACAAAUUACGUACGCUAGCUGCUAUACCAGUAUUGUGUCCAUUAUGGGAACUAUGUUUGGGACUACAGUUUUGUAUAAGAAACUAAAAAUCAAAGAAUUGCCGCUUACCGUGUUUUCACUUUUAACGGAGACUGUAGCAAAUCUCCUGUUGGCAGUGGCAACUAAUAGUUAUUUUAUAAUAGCAGCAUAUACUACUCGUUCUUUUGGUAGCCUUUCUGGAUCGAUGAUUAAAUCACUAAUGUCGUUCAUGGUUGAGCGCCAAGAAUUGGGAAAACUUUACGCUGCUUCUGGAGUUCUAGACAGCCUAGCAGGACUAAUUUCUAUGACCCUUUAUCCUCAAAUAUAUAAUGCAACAAUAAAUAUCAACAAUGGUAUUUUCUAUUUCGUUAAUAUGGGCAUAUAUGCUGUAUUGGCGUUGGUUGUUUUAAAUUUGAUGAGAUAUGAGAUGCCCAAACCAACCAAAUCAAAUUAUGAUGAAAAAGACUCAAAAAAUGAAGAAACACAAAAUAAUGAAAUUGAUGAUGUUACGGAGAAAUUAGAAAAAGUAUAAAACUUACAUUUCUAUUUAUUGUUCUGAAGCUAUUUUCUUGUGGCAUUUUAAAUUAAUUACUAUUUAACUGCGAAUAAGCCACAAUUAAAGAUAAAAAUACGUUUAUUGACGUUUCAAUUUCAACUUCGGAAAUCGUUCUCAAAAUACAAAGA